AUGCGCGUCUACAAGGCUCCGAAGGAGCUCCCAUCACUCUACACCGCAUCGCGACCGCUUGAAGCGCCCCCGGUCGACCUGCAGGCCCGUCGCAUCUCUGCCUCGGACCAUGCGCUCAUCUCGCGAACGGCAGACACCUUUCAGCGCGGCGCGGCGGGGACGUUCUUGCAGGAUGUGCUCGAGGCCUCCUACAAGGAGGCCAUCAAGGAGAGGAGGGGCGCGGUCGUGGUAGAGGCGGCCGAGGACGACGAAGAGGAACGCGAGUUGAGGGAAAAGGGGUUCGUCCAGAAGCGGAAGAAGCGCGCGAGGAGUUCUUCGGUCGGCAGCAUGGCAGACGUGGAGGAGACGGAAGAAGGAGGAAGCGAUACGGAGGCGGCCGCGACCUUGCGCGAGAAGAGGAUGAGGGGACGACGGCGCACGAAGCGCAUUAAGGAGGCUUUGAAGGUGCCCGAGGUGUCGCUGGAGGAACCCGAGCUGUCAGAAGGCUUCCCUUCAACCGACUUGCUCUCCUCGAUCCAAAACCACGCUACUCAGCUCUUCGAGACUCGACACAACCUCCUCCCGCCGCUCACCCUCACCAACCCUCUCCUCCCCGAACCCCUCGUCGAGCACUUCGACAACCUGAUCGCCCAAAUGAACGACGAAGAAGAGCGCGUGGCGCGAGAAGGCAAGGGGGAUGUUUGGCUUGCGUGGAAACAGUCGAGGAUAUCGAAGGCUGGAGCUGGAACGAGGAAGGCGGUUUGGACGGAUGUCAGUAGGGCGUUCGAGGGCACGGCGCUUGUCGCACUCGGCAUGCUCACGCAACUCCUCGUCAAAGACGUCGUCGCGCAAGAAGCCCAGCAACUGCCCGAGCUCCCGCCUGACAUGAUGGAGCAAGAUGGAGCAGCAGGAGACGACGCCUAG